AUGUUCCUUUUAGCGGGCGCCUCAAACACCAAUAUCCAACCGGACAAAAGAAGCGUCAGUUUUGAAGCGGUCAACUGGCCAGGAGUCGCUGCUUGGAUUCAGACACCACAAGGACAUGAUACAAGUUCAGAUAUAGCGGGUGCAGUAGCUGCGGCAAAGGCAGCUGCGGGGGCCGUAAUGGCAGCUCAGCACGAAGUAGCCGCGGCGAAACACGCCGCUCUGGAACAACAAAGUGUUGCUAGCGCCAAGGAAGCGGCUGCAGCACGCGCUGCACACAAAAGUGAGGAAGCUGCAAGGAGUGCUCGCGCUCACGCUCUGGAAGCUGCACAGAGUGCUGUACAAGCACAGGCCCAACUCGCAGCUGCGAAAGCACGUGCCGCUGUUGCUCAAAAGAUUGCAGCAGCAAGAGAAGCGGCUGCUGCUAAAGCUAUACAGCGAGCUGCCAGCAACCAAGCGGCUAGAUUACAAAAUGCUGACAUAGAAGCCCUGAAAUUGUCAGUGAUUCAGAGUUCAGGUGCCGCCGGUGCAGCUGGUGCAGCACAACACGCGGCCACUGCUGCAGCGGCAGCCCUACGCCCACAAACACACGACUGGCAAACACAACCUUGGGUCUCGUCUUGGGUGCCUUCCAACGGAGCGUGGGCCUGGUCAUAA